AUGCUAACGUUGACGUUUCUCUUCUUCUUCUUCUGUAUUCCAGCGGAUCAUCCCGAUGGCGCUGUGCUGUCCGACACGCCGGGCCCGAACCCGGACCUUAGCCCCGCCCACUCGUUGCCGCCGGGCCACUCGUUGCCACCGGGCCACUCGUUGCCGCCGGGCCUCCACCCCGACCACGACCUGCUGACGUGCGGCCAGUGCCAGGUCACGUUCCCGCUGGGCGACAUCCUCGUCUUCAUCGAGCACAAGAAGAAGCAGUGCCAGACGCCGCCGCCCGGCGGCUGCUACGACGCUAAGAUGGACGACGGCCGCGGCGGCGGGGGGGGCGGCGGCCUGAUGCCGGGGCUCCACCCCUUCGCCCCGCGGGGGGCGGAGCUCCGGAAGGCGCUGGAGCCCGUGGAGGUCGGAGUGCAGGCCACGCCGGAGGACGAGGAGGCCGCGGGGCGGCGCCGCCGUGACCAGAACACGCCCACCAGAGGGAUCUGCCCCAAGCAGGAGAACGCCGUGACGGGAGGCGAGCCGUCCAACUACAUCUGCACCAGCUGCAAGCAGCCGUUCUCCAGCGCCUGGUUCCUGCUGCAACACGCCCAGAACACGCACGGGAUCCGGAUCUACCUGGAGUCCGGGUCGUCGUGCGCCGCGCUGACGCCGCGCCUCACUCUGCCGCCGCCGCCGCCGAUGGGCCACGACUCCAUCGCGCCGUCGCCGCUAGCCAACUUCCUGGGCGACGGCAGCAACCCCUUCCACCUGCUGCGGAUGGCGGCGGCGCCGCUGCUGCGGGAGCCGCUGCGCGAGCCGCCGCCGCCGGGCUUCGCGGAGAACCGCCUCCCCCCCAACACGCCGCCCUUCCUCAGCCCGCCCCCCCGCCACCACCACCACCUGGAGCGCCUUAGCGCCGAGGAGAUGGGCCUCAUCGCGCAGCACCCCAGUGCCUUCGAGCGCGUGAUGCGGCUCACGCCGAUGGCGCUGGAGUCCCAGUCCAUGGACUUCUCGCGGCGGCUAAGGGAGCUAGCGGGCAACAACGCCACCACCACGCCGCCGCCGCUGUCGCUAUCGCCCCCCGGGAUCCGGCCUAUGCACCGAUUGCUGAACCCCAACCCCUUCCAAACGGGACACAAGUCGCCCUUUCUGAGCACGCCGCCGCCGCCGCUGCCGGCGCUACCGCCCGCUAGCACCACGCCGCCGCAGAACCCGAACAAGGUCAAGUCCUGCGAGUUCUGCGGCAAGACCUUCAAGUUCCAGAGCAACCUGGUGGUUCACCGGCGCAGCCACACCGGCGAGAAGCCGUACAAGUGCCAGCUGUGCGACCACGCCUGCUCGCAGGCUAGCAAGCUCAAGCGCCACAUGAAGACGCACAUGCACAAGGUCGGCGGCGGCAUUGGCGGCGGCGGUGGGUCGCUGACGGGCCGAUCCGACGACGGCAGCUCCCCCGAACCCGGAACCAGCGACGUCACCGGCGAGGAUGGCGUCAAGAACCGCGACGCCGACUUCCACGGCGAGGAGGAGGAGGAGGAGGAGGAGGAGGAGGAAGAGGAGAUGGAGAACGAGAGUCGGCCGGAGUCCAACUUCAGCAUGGAGUCGGAGUUUUACCGGAACCACCGGGAGAACGGUGCCAAGCUACCGCCGCCGCCGCCAACGCCGUCGGAGGAGAACAAGAUGGAGAAGAUGGUGGACAACGGCGGCAUUGGCGUCAUCGGCGGCUACAACAACCUGAUCGUCGACAAUCGCAAGAGGAUGUCCUUCCCCAAACGGGUUUCCGGGGACGAGGACUCGGCGUUGGAGCGGACGCCCAUCAACGGACGCAACUGCGGCUCCGGCGACUCCUUCUCAGGCCUGUUCCCGCGCAAGCCCACGCCCAUCGCUAGCCCGGCGCUGUCCACCGCCUCCAGCAAGAGGAUCAAGAUCGAGCGGGACCUGGACGUCGCACCGCCGCCGCUACCGCCGCCGCCCCACAUCCCCUCGGAGAACGUUUACUCGCAGUGGCUAGUGGGCUAUGCCGCCUCGCGCCACUUCAUCAAGGACCCGUUCCUGGGCUUCAGCGACUCCCGACAAUCGCCCUUCGCCUGCUCGUCCGACGAGCACUCGUCGGAGAACGGCAGCCUGCGCUUCUCCACGCCGCCGGACGGGGACCUGCUGGACGGCUGCACGGCCAGCGGGGGCAGCACGCCGCGCCCCGGCGGCGGCGCCGGCACCCGGCCGGGAUCCAAGGACGGCUCGCGGCGCUGCGACACCUGCGAGUACUGCGGCAAGGUGUUCAAGAACUGCAGCAACCUGACGGUGCACCGGCGCAGCCACACCGGCGAGCGGCCGUACAAGUGCGAGCUGUGCAACUACGCCUGCGCGCAGAGCUCCAAGCUAACGCGCCACAUGAAGACGCACGGCCAGAUGGGGAAGGAGGUUUACCGCUGCGACAUCUGCCAGAUGCCCUUCAGCGUCUACAGCACGCUGGAGAAGCACAUGAAGAAGUGGCACGGCGAACACUUGAUGACCAGCGAGGUCAAAAUCGAACAGGCCGAACGGGCGUAAGGCCGAGCUAGCCUAGCCUAGCCUAGCCGGGACUAGAAACAAGGCUAGCUGGAUACUUUUAUAUUCAUUUUGGUUCAAUUUUUGUGUUUUUUGAUUAAAAAAAAAAAACUGCCAACUGAGAACAAAAGAGCGACAACAGAGCUAGCUAAACUGCCUCAUUUGGCUUUCAUUUCGUAACAAUCAGUUAAGUUAUAAAAACGUGUGGAGCCUUUUUAACUGUGCAAUAAUUUCUGUAUUUAUUGGAUUUUUUGUAUUUCGGCAUGUGCAGGUAUAUUUUUAUCUGGCUGUUUUUUCUGUUUACUUUUGGUUUUGUACUUUUAUACGGAAGAGUAUCAGGGAGAAAUAAUAUUUGAGAGGGGAAGAUUUUUUUUUAUUGUGCAACAAAAGUCGAAAUUUUGAGAAAAAAGUAGAAAUGCUGACAUUAAUGUUGAAAUACAAUUUCAAGAAUAAAGUCGAAAUUUCAUGAAAAAAGUCGAAAUUUCGUGAAUAAAGUCGAAAUUUCGAGAAUAAAGUUGAAAUACAAUUUCAACUAAAAAAGUCGAAAUUUCAUGAAUAAAGUCGAAAUUUCGAGAAUAAAUUCGAAAUUUCGUGAAUAAAGUCGAAAUUUCAUGAAUAAAGGUGAAAUUUCGUGAAUAAAGUAGAAAUUUCGAGAAUAAAGUCGAAAUUUCAUGAAUAAAGUCGAAAUUUCGAGAAUAAAGUCGAAAUUUCGUGAAUAAAGUCGAUAUUUCAUGAAUAAAGGUGAAAUUUCGUGAAUAAAGUAGAAAUUUUGAGAAUAAAGUCGAAAUACAAUUUCGAGAAAAAAGUCGAAAUGUCGAGAAAAAAGUCGAAAUUUCGUGAAUAAAGUCGAAAUUUCAAUAAUGAAGUUGAAGUACAAUUUCGUGAAUAAAGUUGAAAUGUCUUUAUGAGCUAAAAGAGAACGAAUUUAUUUGUUAUUGUCUCAGAAGGUUGACUUUAUUCUCGACAUUUCGACUUUUUUCUCAACAUUUUGACUUUUUUCUCAACAUUUUGACUUUUUUCUAAAAGUGCAUAAUCAAAAAAAAAAAAUCUUCCUCCUCUAAAAUAUUAUUUGUAUUUUUCCCUAAAACUCUUCCGUACUUUUAAAACCCACAUCCUGAGAAACCGUCUCCGUUGCAACACCACUCCCGACCACGGGGGGGCAGCACCUCUCAACAAGGUUCCUAGCUAACACUCCUGCACCUACUGGGACUUAACGGUGCUUUAAUAAUUAAUAAUAAUGGAGCUAAACGCCCCCUGGUGGUCAGACCUGGUAUUGCUGCCCGGAGCGGCGUUAAGGCUUUUUCUUCUUCUGUGUUUUUUUUGCCGCUGCUUGUAGGGAAUUAUAUAUACAUCUAAUUAAGUAAUGUCUUGAAAAGAUGCUUAAUUCAAUCUUCAAUUUGAGAGCAGAGUUAUUAACUGAGAAUGCUAGAAUUAGUUUAUUUUGUGUGAUGACGAUACGCGAACAACAAUCCUUUGGCGUUGUAGCACGAACUGACUCUAAAACAUGUCGAUGUGAUUGGAUAUGUAGCACUGAGUGUCGUUAGCGAUGGGAAAGGUUCCUGGCCCCGCCUCCUCGUUAGCGCUACGCCGCCGAGCUCCAGCAACACUAGCAUAAAUCUGCGUGCGUAGUUUAGUUUUGUUUUAAAGCGAGAUGGAAAGCACAGUCACAUCUCAGGGUGAACUUUUACCGCGGCCCUUUAUCAACCCGCCCGUCCCGCGGUCGCCAUUAGCGGUCGCCGCUAGCGGUCGCCGUUAGCGGUCGCCGUUAGCGGUCGCCGUUAGCACGUCCAGGUCUCCAGAUUCCUUAUCCACCAUUAUUUAUCUCCUUAUUUAUAAGAUACAACUAAUUGAAAUUGUAUCGGUAGUUUAUUCGCUUAAUUAAUGACGUCUGGAAACAAAACUGGACAAAGUUUAGCUGCUAGCUCAGUUUUCUUUUGAGAUCAGAAAACCAGCAGAAAAACCAGCAUUUUCGUGUUUUUCUUUCCAACAGACAAACAAUCAAAAACCUCUCGUUUUUCAGAUCCUGGUUCUGUAGUUCCGUGUUUUGAACACUAGAGGGCGCAUCGUACGAAUUAAUGGACUGACUAGCGAGUGCUAACAUCAUUUUCCCAGGCGCUUCCUUGUUUUUCAGAAAAACUGUAGUUUCUUUUACAAACAAAAAACCUGAGUUUCUGUUUUCUUUUCUCUCCAAAACGGUUCUGAAAAAAAAACCGAUUAGCUCAGUUUUACGUUAAAGUCUCAACACGGUAAUCUUUUCUUUUCUUCCUAGCUGCACUUUCAUUUGGAAAUCAUAUUUAAUUAAUGCGCUGACAACAUUUAAAAAGAUCUUUACGGCACUUUAUGGUUCUUUCGUCCAAAACUCGUACGGCUAACAGGCGGAAGG